CCUUGUGUCCAGUUAUUCGAAUAAAAUAAGUGAGCAAGACUUUCACAUAGUCUAACAGAAAGUUAUCCCCUUAAUAAAUACAUAAUUAUCUAAAUAAGCUAAAGUGAUAUUUUUAAAAUUUACACAUUUAAAAUGCCACUUCCAAAGGCUUAUAACUCUUGCUAUUUCUGCAACAAAACCUGGCCAAGAAAAACCCCGUCCAUAAUUCGAUUAAGUAACCAUAUGCGACUCCACACUAUAGAAAAUCCGUUCAAGUGCUCAUUUUCUUGUAAGAAAUCGUUUAAAACUUACACAAAACUCGUAGCCCACCGAUCUCGGCAUGAAAAAAAGGGUCAAAAACCCUGGAAAUGUACCCAGUGUGACGCUUCUUUUAAAAGCAAGAGCAUCUUAAGGAGUCACGUGAUAGACGUGCACACAACGGAGAGACCCUUCAAGUGCACCCUGUGUCCCUCCUCGUACAAGAGGACAUCCCAGUUAAAGCUUCACCUCAAGGAUCACGACCCCUUUAAUCGAUACCCUUGUCCAAAGUGUAGCCUCAUUUUGAAAACCAGAAGAAAUUUAACCCUUCACGUGGAAAAAGUUCAUGGUGGGCGGAAUUCCAAGUGUUACUUUUGCAAGAAAAAUUUCACUCGAGUUGGACUAAUUGAUCACAUCAGGAUUCACACGGAGGAAGCUGUUUUCCAGUGUCGCACGUGCCCCCGGACAUGUCUUCAUUAUUCCAGCAGAGUGCAGCAUGAAGGGAAGGAACAUGGCGAGAAGGUCAUACACGAUCGGGAAUCGUUUACGUGCCCGGACUGCGGGAAGGUGUACGCAAAAAAACAAAGUCUGAAGUACCAUCUUGGAAAGGCACAUGGGAAAACGGACCUUCUCGCCCCCUGCUAUCGUGGGAAGGAGUGCCCACUCUGCCAGCGAAUGUGCAAAGAUACCCACGCCCUGUCCGUCCAUAUGAGAAUCCACACCGGAGAAAAGCCCUACACUUGCCCAAGAGCCGAUUGUGGAAAACAAUUCUCCACCUCGAGUAGUCUUAUGUCACAUGCAAAAUACCACAUUAAUAAUCCAGGUGGGCAGCACAAGUGUAGAUUUUGUCCUAAAACCUUCCAAACCGCGAGCAGAGCCACGUGCCACGAGAGGAAUUUGCAUAUCGAGACUUGGCGAAGACCAAAAAAGUGUCCAUCUUGCCCCAAAGUUUAUCCCAGCUUUUCCGCCCUCGCCCGGCAUCAGCUCAUCCAUUUGAAAGAACCUCCCUUCAAGUGUUCCCAGUGUACGAAGGGAUUCUUCUAUCAGACAGAUUAUUCCAGACACAUGAAAAAUGUCCAUAAACUGGAGAAAAUUAUGAUAGAAGUAAAAAAACAGAGAAAGUCCAUGUUCGAGUGUAAAAUUUGUUCAAAAACGUAUCCCAACUUUGGAACGUUCGUCAACCAUCAAGACCUGCAUCAAGAUCCGACCCACCCAUGUGCCAAUUGUCCACGGAAAUUCCACACGGUUCACUCCCUCAGAAAGCACAACCGAACGGAACAUGCCGGUCCGAGGUACAAAUGUUACUUUUGUGUCAAAUUUCCCCAGUACUUUGACGCCCACGCGAAAUUUCGGGAUCAUAUGAUACGCCACACUCAAGAGCAGGAAUUCUUUGAGUGUAACAAAUGUAAUAAAUCGUUCAAAAGAUUUCCAUACUUGAACCAUCAUAUGGAGAUUUGUGGUCGUAAGUUUGACACGAAAUCGGAAUUAUUUCCGUGUGAUAAAUGCCCUGAAAAGGUUUUUUACUCGAAACACCAACUGUACAGCCAUACCUACAAGGUUCAUACGAAAACCUGGAGACGAAAGACGUGUCCCUUCUCUGCCUUGGUUUUACGAGAUUCUUACUCUUUAGCCAUUCAUUUGAGAACCCAUGUUGGAGAAAAACCCCACACCUGUGACAUUUGUGGCAUGCGAUUUACCCAGAAAGGGACCCUUGUCGAACACCUACGUCGACACGAAGACCGCAAAAAAGGGAUCAAAUUCCCGUGUAAGGUUUGCCACAAGCCUUACAUAUCAAGAGCUUCGUUGGCAGUCAUGUUCGAAGAUUUCAUUCGGGCAAAGGAAAAAAUUGGAAGUGUUAUUUUUGUCACGAGUCCCUCACUCGCAAGGAAUCCUUGAACUAUCACAUGAGAGUGAAACAUACUUUGGAGAAAGUCGUUCCAUGCGAGGAGUGUCCCACCAAACGCUUUCUUUCAAUAACGAGACUGAAUUAUCAUCGUCUCAAGGAGCAUGCACGUUUAGUAAGGCUACCCAAAAUACAAGCAAAGAUAGCGUCAUAUUCAUUCCAAAAUGAGUAAAGUGCAAUUAAUCGAUCGUUAUUGUCCAUCCGGUUUCUAAUGACGGAAUUUUAAAUUCAAAUCUUCACCGCCUUGUGAGAAAAGUCACUCCCUUUUACACAGUGCCGUAAUGAGACUGCUGUUUCAUUUUUACUCACAUUUAGUUACAUUUAAUUCCGUCAAGCAUACAUAUAUAAAAUAAUACUUAAAAGACAAUCGUGAAAAAUUCUCAAUGGUAAAUAUGUAUUAUUAAAAUAAAACACGAAGAGCCAGAGCUUGUUUCCGUCGUUUUGAUGACUGUGUUGGUGUCUCAUGAAUUAA